CUACAUUUUUCAACACCAUCAGUACAAACUUCCGACAUUUGAAUAUGGUUUGAAAUUAUUGGCUCAUCUCUCAGCAUUAUCUUCUUUCCUCGUAAACUUUUUUAUCAAAAAAAAAUUUCGAUGAUCUUCUACGUUUUGUUUGUUUUCUCUAUUUUUGUUUCCGCCACCUGCCGAGUAGAAAAUGCAACGGAUGCGGCGUACGAACCCACCGAUGUCUUAUUCAUCAGCUGUGGUGCUAAAUCCGAUCCCUUCGUUGACACAGGCAACCGAAUGUGGUGGGAUGAUUACCACUACGGCGGCCUGUUGCCGUGGAAUGCAAAAGAAUUGUCGUUUGCUGCAAAAGCUUUAUACCAAGAUUUUGCGGCUUUUCAUGUUCCGUUCAUGGAAGCUCGCAUUUUCCGAUCUAAUUUCACCUACAUAUUUCAAGUCUCUACCGGCUGGAAAUUUCUCCGGUUAUACUUUUACCCGACACGGUACGGAUCCGAUUUCAACGCCAACGGUUCCUUCUUCUCCGUCAGUGUCAACGGUUUCACUCUCUUGAAGAACUUUAGCGCCUAUUUAACGGUAAUGACUUCCAAACCGGAAUCAAAAUAUCUGAUCAAAGAGUUUAUCGUUCCGGUUUUUAAAACUCUCAGGCUCACCUUCACGCCCUCUCCAAACUCUUUAGCUUUUGUUAAUGGUGUGGAGAUUGUCUCCAUGCCUGAUCGGUUUUACACAAAGGGGGGAUAUGAUGACGAAAUCACAAACGUGAGUUCCACGGUUAAUACUCUAGAUGAAGAGACAGCAUUAGAGACCCUCUACCUCUUGAACGUGGGAGGACAUAUGGUCUCUGCCGUGAACGACACAGGAAUGUUCAAGGUACUACUUAAACACUACACUUUCGCAGAAGUGAAGAAGAUUACAAAAUCAUUUUCGCAUACCAUUGGAAAAGGAGGAUUUGGAACUGUUUACGGUGGAAACCUUUGUAAUGGUCGCAAGGUUGCAGUUAAGGUCUUAAAGGACUCAGUGGGAAAUGGAGAAGAUUUCAUCAACGAAGUUGCAAGCAUGAGCCAAACAUCUCAUGUAAACAUUGUUUCUUUGCUUGGUUUUUGCUACGAAGGGUCUAAAAUGGUGAUUGUGUAUGAGUUUCUAGAGAAUGGGUCUUUGGAUCAGUUUAUCUCUAGAGAGAAUAAGCCAUUGACUCUGGAUGUGAAAACUGUUGAGAUGAGGUGUCAAACUUGAGAAUUAAGCUAGAGGGUUAUAAGGAUUUAUAAGACUUUAUAAAGGAUUGCCAGACUUGAGAAGUUAGGCACUACACUUGAGAGGUUAUACACCAGAUUUCAGACUGUAGCUACAGUACUCGUCCAGAAAAGAAGAAACAUGAUA